AUGGUGAGGUCCAACUCCCUCGACAGCUGCUACUCCUCCAUCCAGGACGUCACCUACAGCUGCGGGUACUGCGGCUACGCGCUGAACCUGAGCUCGGCGGCGCGGAACACGGCGGGCAUCGGCUCCAAGUACGGCAAGAAUAUCAGGAAGAAGGGCGUCGUCGCCUUCGUCGCCGUCGACGAGACGCGCUUCACGCAGGCCGACGAGGUCACCUGCGCGCCCCGCCUCUGCCCCUGGACCUGGCGCCUCUUCAGGCGGAGGUCGCGCCUGCUCUGCGGCAAGUGCGGCGGCCGCAUCGGCGCCGCCUACGAGGUCGACGAGGACGAGGACCCCGCCGGCCUGUCCGCGUGCGGCGGCUCGGACGACGACGACGACCUGCGGACGAGCCCGGGCGACGAUAGCGGCGGCGUCGGCGCGUCGAGGCGCAGGAACUACCUCAUCAGGAUCGGCGCGCUGCAGCCCUCGACGGACGAUCCCCCUCCUGCUGACCCCUUCUCUCUAUGA